UGGGAGUGAUGGUACUCGGGGAAUUCAGACAUAACUCUGCAGAAGGAGAACAAACCCGCGUCUGAAAAAAUAUCCAACGGGUUCCACAUUUAUUGCCUGAAGUUAAAGCUUCUAAAUGUUUAUCAGAAUGAAGAAAUCUGAAGACAGUGGCAGUAAAGUAUCAUUUACCUCAGUUUCCAAUUUUACUAUUCAGUCAAUUCUUGGAACUGUGUCCGAGGACGCGCACAAGGACAGUUGUAAUUCUAGUUCCGACGCGGGGCUGCUGCAGAGACAACGCAUGCGCUCCGUGUCUUCAGAAGGAUUCAGCGGUGGGGAGGAUUCUACAGACUUCUACCCUUUACCCGGAGGAAAGAAACCACGCAAUGACCUCAACGAUCUCACACAUUCUUAUCUAAGUGACAAAAACAGACUAAUUCUGGGGCAAGAGAUGGUGAAGAGACAUCAACUUUUUCAUGAUUAUAAAGAAGGUGACCAGAGAUACUACAACCAAACAUCACCUGCUAUUUCAGAAGAAAAGGGUCAUAUUGACGACGACGAAACAUCCAACUCGUCCAGAAAGAAGUCUCGGACCGUAUUCUCGCGGAGUCAGGUUUACCAACUAGAAUCGACGUUUGACAUGAAACGUUACCUUAGCAGUACAGAACGAGCUAGUCUCGCAUCAAGUCUCCAGUUGACAGAGAUACAGGUGAAAACUUGGUUCCAGAAUCGGAGGAACAAGUGGAAACGUCUGCUUUCUGCGGAGAUAGAAGCGGUGAACAUGGCUCACGCAUCAUCCGCACAAACUCUGGUUGGGAUGCCGUUCUUCUUCAAAGAGAAUUUCCGGCUACGGAUUCCUGUCCCUGGAUCAAUGACUUUCCCUACACCUCUAUGUUAUCCCGGGAGCAACAUGCAAGCUUUACCUUUGUACAAUUUUUAUAAUAAAAUUGAAUAGAAUGAUUGCCA